AUGAGCCUGUUCCUUGAUGUCUUGCAGGGUGACGACUCAGAUGAGGAAGAUCUUUGUAUCAGUAACAAAUGGACUUUCCAAAGAACCAGCCGCAGGUGGUCUCGCGUGGACGACCUCCACACGCCACUCUCUGGACCAGACAGGAAUGGGUCCCCAGGAGGCACUAGGAUGAGGAACACGACCAGCAGUGAGAGUGUCCUCACAGACCUGAGCGAGCCCGAGGUCUGCUCCCUUCACAGCGAAAGCAGCGGAGGCAGUGACGGCCGUAGCCAGUCGGGCCAGUUCUGUGUGGACAGUCCGGUCGUGCUGGAUGCCAUGCCGGGCAGCAGCAGCCUCCCGCAGUCCUCCAGAGACCUUCUCAGCCACCCUCUCCACCCCAAGAAUGAGAAACCCACCAGAGCCAGGGCCAAAUCAUUUUUGAAGCGCAUGGAGACUCUCCGAGGGAAAGGAGCCCACGGAAGGCAUAAGGGGACAGGGCGGACCGGUGGCCUGGUGAUCAGUGGGCCUGUGCUGCAACAGGAGCCUGAGUCCUUUAAGGCCAUGCCGUGCAUCCAGAUACCAAAUGGACAUCUCCAGAGCUCGUCCCCCGCCACCUGCAAAAAAGGGCUCCCAUGUUCCAGCAAAUCGAGUGGCGAGAGCAGCCCGUCGGAAAACAGCAGCAGUGGGGUGAGCACUCCUUGCCUGAAGGAACGGAAGUGCCAUGAGCCCCACAAGCGUGGGGGCAUGUACUUGGAGGACCUGGACGUGCUGGCAAGGACAGCACUGCGGGGUGCGGGGGACCAAAACCACACGCACGAGUUUCACUCCCAGGAGAAAUUGGUGGUGCAUAUUCCCAAGGAUCACAAACCAGGAACAUUCCCAAAAGCACUUUCUAUCGAAAGCCUGUCACCCACAGACAGCAGCAAUGGGGUGACCUGGAGGGCCGCGGGCAUCUCCCUGGGCGGGCAGCAGGACCCCGGUGCCAGGGAGCCCAGGCUCAUGGCAUCCUGCCACAGGGCCAGCCGAGUCAGUAUCUAUGACAACGUCCCGGGCUCCCACUUGUAUGCCAGCACGGGAGAUCUUCUGGACUUGGAGAAAGAUGACCUCUUCCCUCACCUGGAUGACAUCCUGCAGCAUGUCAAUGGGCUCCAAGAGGUCGUGGAUGAUUGGUCCAAAAAUGUCUUGCCUGAACUGCAGACUCAUGAUACAUUGGUUGGGGAAUCUGGUUUAUCCUCCUUUCCAUCUCCUAAUCUGAUCACCUUGGAUUUUGAAGGCAACUCUGUCUCGGAAGGUCGGACAACCCCCAGUGAUGUGGAAAGAGAUGGAACAUCUCUUAAUGAAUCAGAGGUCCCUGGGGUCAGAGAAAGGAGGGAUUCUGGAGUAGGGGCCUCCCUGACCAGGCCAAACAGGCGACUCCGAUGGCACAGCUUCCAGCUCUCGCACCAGCCUCGGCCGUCCCCAAUGUCGCCCCACAUCAGCAGCCAGACGGCCGGCCAGCUCAACCUGCUGCAGCGCUUCUCGCUGUUGCGGCUCACGGCGGUCAUGGAGAAGCACUCCAUGUCCAACAAGCACGGCUGGACAUGGUCAGUUCCAAAGUUCAUGAAGAGGAUGAAAGUUCCCGAUUACAAAGACAAGGCUGUCUUUGGCGUUCCUCUCAUAGUCCACGUCCAGAGAACGGGACAGCCCCUGCCACAGAGUAUUCAGCAAGCACUGAGAUAUCUACGCAGCAACUGCCUUGAUCAGGUGGGUCUUUUUCGCAAAUCGGGAGUGAAGUCUCGAAUCCAUGCCCUACGUCAAAUGAACGAAAACUUCCCUGAGAAUGUCAGCUAUGAAGACCAAUCUGCUUACGAUGUGGCAGAUAUGGUGAAACAGUUCUUCCGGGACCUCCCUGAGCCUCUUUUCACCAACAAGCUCAGCGAGACCUUCCUGCACAUCUACCAGUAUGUCCCCAAAGAGCAGCGGCUGCAGGCUGUUCAGGCCGCCAUCCUGCUGCUGGCAGAUGAAAACAGGGAGGUCCUGCAGACGCUCUUGUGCUUCCUGAACGACGUUGUCAACCUGGUGGAAGAGAAUCAGAUGACACCCAUGAACCUGGCUGUGUGUCUGGCCCCCUCCCUUUUUCAUCUCAAUUUAUUGAAGAAAGAAAGUUCUCCAAGAGUCAUUCAGAAGAAAUAUGCCACUGGGAAGCCAGAUCAGAAGGACCUCAACGAGAAUCUGGCUGCUGCUCAGGGGCUUGCCCACAUGAUCAUGGAAUGCGACAGACUUUUUGAGGUCCCGCAUGAGAUGGUGGCCCAGUCUCGGAACUCGUACAUGGAGGCUGAGAUCCACGCACCAACUCUGGAAGACCUGGGGGCUCAGCUGGAGGAGAGCAGGGCAACUUUCCACACUUACCUGGACCAUCUCAUCCAGGGCCUGCAGAAAGAAGCCAAGGAAAAGUUCAAAGGAUGGGUCACGUGCUCCAGCACCGACAACACAGAACUCGCUUUCAAAAAGGUGGGAGACGGGAACCCACUGAAGCUGUGGAAGGCUUCUGUGGAGGUGGAAGCGCCCCCCUCGGUGGUUUUGAAUCGCGUGCUGAGAGAGCGUCACCUGUGGGACGAGGACUUUGUACAGUGGAAGGUUGUGGAAACUCUGGACAGGCAAACAGAAAUCUAUCAGUACGUGCUCAACAGCAUGGCCCCCCACCCUUCCAGAGACUUCGUAGUUCUCAGGACCUGGAAGACUGACUUGCCCAAAGGAAUGUGCACCCUGGUGUCCCUCUCUGUAGAGCAUGAAGAAGCCCAGCUCAUGGGCGGCGUGCGGGCUAUGGUGAUGGAUUCCCAGUACCUGAUAGAACCAUGUGGCUCUGGCAAGUCGAGACUGACCCAUAUCUGCAGGAUAGACCUGAAAGGUCACUCCCCAGAAUGGUACAACAAAGGCUUUGGGCAUCUGUGUGCAGCAGAAGUUGCCAGGAUUAGAAACUCUUUUCAGCCUCUCAUUGCUGAGGGUCCAGAAACUAAAAUCUGAGUUCUCCCCAGUGUGACAUCAAACUCAGGGAAGAGGAAGCUAAAGCCAGCGCUUGGGGCAGAGGAUGUGCACGUGAGAAAGCCAGAGAAGAGGAAUAGACUGAAGGGUCCACGCUUAAAAACGGAGACACUGAGAGGCCGAAUGUUGAAGAUGCAAGAAUUUCUGAGAACUUUCCUAGCCUUCCUGGAGAUGGCUACAUCCUUACUAAUAUAAUAUUUUUUAAAAUGAGAACAUUUAUCUAUGUUACUUAAAUGGAUUAUUCCUUAUGCAUUGCCUAAUUUGCUAUUUAAAGGCUUCUAAGAAGCAUAUUCUUAACUGUAAAUAAAUGUAUGUACAGCAGAUGUACAUAUGUGUGUAUAUCUCUAUCUUUACUGUAUAUAUGUAAAAUAUCGACUUUAAAUGUGAGUGUUUGAAAAGGAGCAUGUCUGACUUGAUGAGUCCCUUCCUCACAUAGCUCUUUCCAGGUCACUCUGUCUCCCACUGUCCUGAAAGCUGGGCAGAACCUGCUGCUAACACCAAAGUGUCAAAAUGUCUAGUCUGUCCGUCUGCCUCGGGGCCUAACCAAAGAUUAGCUAACCAAAGGAAAAGAAUAUUAAAAGCUUCUUACGUGUUGACGGUUUGUUUCUGUUAUUCAAAAACUGAGAGUGGCAUGUUGGGAUAAAGCAAGGGAAAGAAUAUUUACUCCUCUUGAAAGCAAAACAGUGGGUGAGAAGUCAUCACCAGAUUUAAGGCUAAACUAUGAGUUGCCACCGGGCCCAGCCAGAUGCAAUUUCAGUGAGAUGCCAGAUGCCAAUGGGCCACUUGGGGUCAGUGCCAGUGACUGGCACAGAGUUACUAUUUCCUUCCCCCCCCAGGAGGGCUGAAUAUAAUAGCUUUCACAUAUUUACAGCCAAAGGGAGCCUCUGUGUUGUCUCAAGUUUUCCUAAAUACAUUUCAUAAUGUUGUUAAAUGUCAUUCUGUUUGACCAGUGGCCUAUUUGGUCACAGUUAAUUGGCAUUGUCUCACCCAUGUAUUGCACUGAAUUUAACCUUGGAUGUCAGACAGAGGGAGAUGAUGGUCCUUCAGGAGUCCUGCACCAUCACAGCUUCAGGGAAUUCAUAUUUUGCUAUAUACGAUGCUCUUAAAAUAUAAUUCCUUAAAGUUUUGCAAUCUGAAAGACAAGGUUUUUAACUAACAUAAGACCAAAACUAUAUUUGUUAAUUAGUUUUAGACAAUAUAAACAAGUUUAUUAAUUCCAUGUUUCUUGGUUAGCCAGUUCAAGCUACCUAUGCAUUGGACCCCACCUUAUUUAUUAUUGUACAGACUAAGAAAAUUGACUCUCUUUAACCAACAGCUAAUGGAUUUAAGUUGUUUUUUAUUGUGAUUCAACAACUAUAGAGAGGAAGAUAAUCAAUUUAUUGUGUUUGGUUUUGGGGAGAGAGAUUUUAUUUGGUUAUGACAGAGAUUGCUAUCAUGAUUUAACAACUGAUGUUGGAGGAAAAAAGAAAAACAAAUGAGUGUUUUCAGGGUUUUUUAAAAUAUUAUAUGCAUUUAUUUAAUGUUUUCUGUUAUCAGUAAGGUGCAAUUAUUUUACUGAGAGGAAUAAAAAUGCUAUAUAUGAGUUUGGUAUUGUACAAGGAAAAUCAUACUGUUUGAAUUAUGACCUAGGAAUUUUUCAUUCCCAUGUCUACCUAAGAAGGUGGUAGCAAACCCGUAAUUUUCUAUUUGGGCAAUGCUCUGUGAGCAAAUGCUCUUCUGCCAUAACAUCUUCAAUUUAACCAUAUAUGUUGGAUUGCUUUAUAUGCAUCAACAAGAUCAUUAGAGAAGUUUAAUCUGGCUAAACCCUGGUCCUGUUCCAGAGAUAGGGCCCUACAUGUUUGGAAAAUAAGAUAGACACACAGAAUGAGGCAUUGCAUCACCUAGAGCAGUGCUUCUUCAACUUUAACAUGCAUGAGUCACCUGGGGAUCUUGUUAAAAUGCAGACUCUGAUUCAAGCAGUCUGGAAGUGGGCCUGAGAUUCUGCAUUUCUAAUGAGCCCCAGGGAUACCCAGGCUGCUGGCCCAAAGACAUAGAGGAUACUUAAAACAGAAUAAAAAUAAAUAUGAUUGUAUUUCUGAUUCCCCCUCCUCAAAUUACCUUUUUUAUUUUUAUGCACAUACUAAUCACAUCACUGCUAUGUAACAACACAGUGCAUCUUUAAAAAAAAAGGAAAGGGAAAAAAAUGGAGAAAAAAAGAUGCAUCAAGCUUGUUUGUCAAAUACCACAGUAUUUUAUUCAUUGUGAUCUUGCCAAUGGAAAUAAAAUAUGAUAUUUCAUUUAAAUAUUAUAUUUAUACCUCAUGUAUAUUUUUACCUCAAUUGUUGGUAUCAAUCAUCAAUGUAAAUAAAUCAUUGCCAAGGCAAAUAAAUUUAUAUACAUUAAAUAUUUCCUAUUUUCUAUAAAA